AUGCAUUGUGAGGAUAGUGUGGACCUGGUGACACAUUUGCUGGCCGAGAAUCGCAAACUACGGCAACUCUAUUUGGCCGAGCAUCAGAAGGCAACAGUCGAGAGACGAAGACGUAUUACAGCGGAAGCCCGUCUUGCUGCACUGCUCAGUUUAGGAUCCGUUGAAAGACGCAGACCGAACGAGUAUGUUGUGAUUUUCAGUUUUUUUGGGAAAAUUUGA